AUGGCUUUCACGCCCGUGCAUUUUUUCUCCCAUGGCUCGACCAUGAUGUUGGGCGAGGAGUCGGAAUCAGCAACUUACUGGAAGAAAUGCGGAGAUGAAGCUCUUGCUAAUGGUAUCAAGCAUGUUGUUAUGAUGGGAGCACACUGGGCUGCUGUUGGCGACGAGAUCCAAGUUGCUGCCAACCCCAAGCCCGAUAAAUCACCUGUUGCCUAUGUCCAUCCAUCAAAAUACGCAGACUAUGAAUUGAACCCAGAUCUCCCCAUGGCAGACAAAUGUGUGGAACUCCUGAAUACAGCUGGCUUCAACGCCAAGAAGAACACGACAUUCGACUGGAUUCACGAUACUUACCUGAUUCUCAUUAGGAUGUUUCCCGGUGGCUGUCCUCCAACUACUCUCAUCAGUACCAAUGCCCGAUACGACCCUCACUACCACAUCAAAGUCGGAGAUGCUCUGUCGUGUUUGAGAAAAGAGCAAGACAAAGUACUGUUGAUCGGAACAGGAGGUGCUGUUCACAACCUGUACCGCAACAACUGGGGUCAGAUGAUACGCUACCGUGAUAACUUCGCCUUGGAAAAUCCCCCAGAAGCAGCAUUGAUGGAUUUCAGGCAGGAGUUUGAGGAUGCCAUGAUACAUAAUUCGGGUCCAGCUCUGAGGAGAGCCAUUAGCUUGCUGAUGAAGCUGCCGAGCUAUCGAGAUGCGCAUGGGACGGAUGAUCACUUUAUCCCAGCAUGUUUUGUUGCUGGGGCUGCUGGACGGAAAGAAGAUGAAGGGACGAAAGCCGUGAUGGGUGCUGAGGAUUGGGAACUGCAAAAUAUGUGCAACUCGCAGUUCACUCUUGGAUCGUGGCCUAGAAGUGUUGAUGUUUGA